AUGCUUCAAGAACCGCUCCCGGAGCUGCGGAGCUUUCAGUCUCUAUCGAAAUUCGUUGGUGAUCCCAGGACAACAUUGGGAAGGAGAACCUCUGUCAAUCAUCGACGUCUCUCUCAUGUGCGUCGCAAAACUGAACAGGCAGAAAAAACAUCUCUUGACUCAUCGUUUUCGAAUAAAGAGAAAACGUUUGAAAUGCCAGAUGAUAUCAGAACGGAUUUUGAUGAUAACGAUGAAGAUAGCUCAGAUUCCCCAUUUGGAGGAAUAAAACAGACUACCUUUUUCUGUUUAAAACAAACAAGUUUUCCAAGGAAAUGGUGUUUAUCAAUAGUGAUGAGCCCAUGGUUUGAUCGGAUAACUAUGUCUGUUAUUCUUAUAAACUGCAUCACUUUAGGAAUGUAUCGACCGUGUGAGGAUGGUGUAGACUGUGUAACGUUAAGAUGCCAGAUUCUAACCAUUAUUGAUCAUUUAAUAUUUCUUUAUUUUGUAGUUGAAAUGUUCAUAAAAAUAAUAGCUCUUGGAGUUGGCGGUCCAUCAGGCUAUCUUUCAGACACGUGGAAUCGAUUGGAUUGUUUCAUUGUUACAGCUGGAAUUAUGGAAAUUUUUUUACAAGAAUAUCUAGGAGGAAAUAUAAACUUGACUGCCAUAAGGACGGUUCGAGUAUUGAGACCAUUGAAAGCAGUCAAUCGUAUUCCAUCAAUGCGCAUAUUAGUCAAUCUUCUCCUUGACACUCUUCCAAUGCUUGGAAAUGUAUUAUUACUUUGUUUUUUUGUUUUCUUCAUAUUUGGAAUUGUUGGCGUGCAGCUGUGGGCAGGAUUAUUAAGAAAUCGAUGCGCAAUCAAUUUGCCGACAACUAUGACAGAUCAACAAAUAGCUUUAUUCAAUGACGUCAAGCUGACGAGAUAUUACAUUCCCGAAGAUACAACGCUUGAGUACAUCUGUAGUCAAGAAGAUGCUAAUGGUCUUCAUACUUGUUCCAAUUUACCUCCAUUUGCUAUAAAUGGGAGAAAAUGUAAUUUAACUAUUGAACAGUUUGCUUUGGUGAACGAAGAAAAUUGUAUUAAUUGGAACAUUUAUUACAACGAAUGCCAGGCAAUGCAGAGAAAUCCAUUUCAAGGAUCUGUUAGUUUUGAUAACAUUGGCUUUGCUUGGGUAGCCAUAUUUCUGGUUAUCUCAUUGGAAGGAUGGACAGAUAUCAUGUACUACGUUCAAGAUGCUCAUUCUUUCUGGAAUUGGAUCUACUUCGUACUUCUGAUAGUGGUAAACUACAUCUAUAUUUAUAUCAAUUAUUUUCCUUUUUUUCUGAUCGGAGCAUUCUUUAUGAUCAAUUUAUGUCUUGUUGUAAUAGCAACUCAAUUCGCUGAAACAAAAAGAAGGGAGACAGAACGAAUGCUCCAGGAAAGACGAGCGUUACAAAAACAAAUGUCAAAUGAAGCAUUAGGUGGUAAUAAUGAAGAACUUUAUUCGCCAAGCGAUAGCAAUGAGAGUAUCUAUGCGGCAAUCAUCAAAAUGAUCCAACAAUACUAUCAAACAAGUAAAAAAGAGAUCAUCAAAAACACAGAGAAGCUUUCCAGUUGGAGUGAGUUACGACAAAAAAUCAAGAGUUUCGUCAUAUGUGAUCAUUUCACAAGAGGCAUACUGGUCGCCAUUUUGGUUAACACGUUAUCUAUGGGUGUUGAGUAUCAUCAACAGCCGGAACUGUUAACUACUAUUUUGGAAUAUUCAAACCUGUUUUUUACCGGCCUAUUUGCAUUCGAAAUGGUUCUCAAAAUUGUGGCAGACGGUUUAUUUUGUUAUCUUGGUGAUGGUUUUAAUCUCUUCGAUGGUAGUAUUGUAGUAUUGAGCGUCCUAGAAUUGUUUCAAGAGGGUAAAGGGGGACUGUCAGUUCUACGAACAUUCCGUCUUUUGCGUAUCUUGAAACUUGUUCGAUUCAUGCCAGCUUUGAGAUAUCAAUUAGUUGUAAUGUUGAGAACAAUGGAUAAUGUCACAGUUUUCUUCGGGCUAUUAGUUCUUUUCAUUUUCAUUUUUAGCAUUUUGGGAAUGAAUUUGUUUGGCUGCAAAUUCUGCAAGCAUGAAGAACGUCCUCUUGAUGGAAUAGCUAGGAAGUGUGAGAGAAAGAAUUUCGAUACCUUGUUAUGGGCAUUGAUAACUGUAUUUCAAAUUCUAACACAGGAAGAUUGGAAUAUGGUUUUGUUUAAUGGAAUGGCUCAAACAAAUCCAUGGGCUGCUCUCUAUUUUGUUACCCUGAUGACAUUUGGUAAUUACGUUCUGUUCAAUUUGUUGGUUGCUAUUCUUGUGGAAGGUUUCCAAGAAAGCAAAGUGGAAGAGAAGAGACAGUUGGAAAAUGAUACUGCCUUUAAUCCAGAGAACAGUGCUAUUGAUGGGACGAAUGAGAAUGAAAACUCAACUGAAACCAAUCCGAAUAAUCUGGGAGAAGAAACUCAACGCUUAUGUCUAUCCGAAUGUGAAAGAAAUGAUUAUUUCUCUGCUAAAGAUAUUCAUUACGCUGAUGUUUCGAUGGAAGAACGGAAUGAACUAUCAAACGUUCAAAAUAUUUCGGAACGUUGUUACGUUACCAUUGAACGAAAACGAAUGUCAUUGAUUGGGAAGGAAGUUGUUCCAAAAAACGAAUCACGUAAGCGUAGGAUUCGAAGUUGGAAUGGAUAUCAUGAUCAUUCCUCCAGCUAUUCGUUUCAUCCCGACAUACAAGCAGUUACUGAAAUCACGAGAGAAGCUGCUCUGGUUCAAUCAUUAGAAUACUGUAAAGCAAACUCAUCCGAUAUGGUACACAAGAAUUUUUCACAAUCCUGGGUUGGAAGACGCAAAGAAUACUCUUUGUUUUGUUUUUCAAAGCAAAAUUUACUUCGAACUUGGUGUUUCAACUUGACUCAGAACCGCUGGUUCGACUACUUCAUUUUAAUGUUCAUUGGAAUGAACUGUAUAACAUUAGCGAUGGAAAGACCAUCUAUACCUCCAGAUAGUUUUGAAAGGAAAUUCUUAAUAUUCUCAUCGUAUAUGUUCACAGCUAUAUUCUCAACAGAGAUGUUUUUAAAAAUAAUAGCAAACGGGUGCUUUAUUGGGAAAUCAGCCUAUUUCAAAGACGGGUGGAAUGUAUUGGAUGGGAUUCUGGUCAUUAUAUCUUUAAUAAAUGCUUUCAUCGAAGUUGUUGUCGCUGGAGAUUCUCCAAAAAUUUUGGGAGUGAUUCGCGUUUUACGUCUACUGCGAGCUCUUCGUCCUCUACGAGUAAUUAACCGUGCCCCGGGAGUGAAGCUAGUUGUUAUGACAUUAAUAUCCAGCUUAAAACCUAUUGGAAAUAUCGUAUUGAUUUGCUGUACCUUUUUCAUAAUAUUCGGGAUUCUCGGAGUUCAGCUAUUCAAGGGUACAAUGUUUCAUUGUGUUGGUCCUGAAAUACUUAACAUCACAACCAAAGCCGGAUGUUUGAGUGAUCAUCGGAACAAAUGGAUUAACCAUAGAUAUAAUUUUGAUAAUCUUGGACAGGCUCUCAUGUCACUUUUUGUAUUAUCAAGUAAAGAUGGUUGGGUUUCAAUUAUGUAUCAAGGAAUAGAUGCUGUUGGAGUGGAUAUGCAACCAAUUGAAAACUAUAACGAAUGGAGAAUGAUAUAUUUCAUCAGCUUUCUGCUGCUUGUCGGAUUCUUUGUUCUCAAUAUGUUUGUGGGAGUUGUUGUUGAAAAUUUUCAUAAGUGCAAAGAAACUUUGGAGAAGGAAAUGCGUGAAAAGGCCAGAGAGAAAAGAAUGCAACGUUACUUGCGGAGGAGGAAGUUUGAGGAAGAUAUGGCGGAACGUAAAAAGACAAGCACUCCAUCUGAACGUUACUGGCAGAACUAUGGUCCAACUCGCUUGUUUCUUCAUAGCAUUGUCACCUCCAAAUACUUCGAUUUAGCUAUAUCAGCUGUUAUAGGAAUUAAUAUUAUCUCAAUGGCUAUUGAAUUCUAUAUGAUGCCUGUAGGGCUUAAAUAUGUUUUGAAAGCUUUGAACUAUUUCUUCACAGCUGUUUUCACAUUCGAAACUGCUCUCAAAAUAUAUUCACUUGGUUUCAGAAACUUCAUGAGAGAAAGGUGGAAUCAGUUAGAUAUUUUUAUUGUUCUCUUAUCAAUCGCUGGUAUCAUUUUCGAAGAGUUUGAAGCGUUAGAGUUACCAGUCAAUCCUACUAUAAUAAGAGUUAUGAGGGUUUUGAGGAUCGCUCGAGUCUUGAAAUUGUUGAAAAUGGCAAAAGGUAUAAGGUAUUUAUUAGAUACUGUAGGAGAAGCUCUACCUCAGGUCGGAAAUCUGGGAUCUCUUUUUUUUUUACUUUUUUUCAUUUUUGCUGCUCUUGGAGUUGAGCUUUUUGGUAAAAUAGAAUGCUCAGAACAACAUCCAUGCGAUGGAUUGGGAGAACAUGCUCAUUUCAAAAAUUUCGGAAUGGCUUUUCUUACGUUAUUCCGAAUAGCUACUGGGGACAACUGGAAUGGAAUAAUGAAGGAUGCCUUACGCGACGACUGUGAUACAUCAGAGCACUGCAAGUUCAAUUGCUGCGUCGACCCUAUUCUCGCACCGUGCUUCUUUGUGGUGUUUGUCCUCAUAUCACAAUUUGUGCUUGUAAACGUGGUAGUGGCUGUGCUAAUGAAGCAUUUGGAAGAAAGUAAUAAGCAGGAAUCGGAGAAUGCCAAAAACGCUAAGCUGCAAGCUGAAGACAACAUUCCAGGACAUGAGUUUGAAAUAUUAGAACUGGGCGAACAGAACAAACAUGAGAUAUCAGAUUACACUACAUAA